AUGUGGCCCCGAAAUGAUGUUCUAAUGGAUGACGGAUCAAUGACACCCGAAGACCAAGAGCCUGUCAUUGAUAACGAAAUGGAAUUCGAUGUAAGAGGUGUUUUUGUUGAAUUACGCAAAAAUUAGAAGUUUCGAAACAGUUAGUGUCUAAAAUCAGUAAGAACUUUCAGGAUAACUGCGAAGAAAACUCGUACAGCAACGGCUCGUUCAGCGCCGAUAAAUUGUCAUCGUGAGUUAUUGAAAAAACUAGAUAAUAAUCCGAGUCCAGCAGCUUCAGGCCUCUACAACAAAAGCUGGAUCUUUCGGCGUCGCCAAGUCGGAGCGAUGGGGUCAAUCCACGUGUCGAGCAUUUGGUCGCGCUCUUCAAGGUACACGAAGAAGCCAUAGAAUAUUGGUAAUUGAAAGUAAAAACUAUUCAGGAUCUCACCUCAAAUGAGCAAAUGGAAGCGUUGAAUCGUUUUCUUCAAGAGUCAAACAUGACGAACAUCCGAACUUUGCGCGCUCUCAUCGAACCACACUUUCAGAGAGAUUUCCUCUCAUGUCUUCCUGUCGAGGUACAAAAACGAGUUUACUGACCGGAUGGAUGACCUGUUCAAAUUUCAGCUUGGAAUGAAAAUUCUGCACAAUCUGAACGGGAAAGAUCUGUUGAAAGUGGCAAAUGUCUCCAAAAACUGGAGAUUUAUGUCAGAAACAGAUAAGAUUUGGAAGAAACUCGGAGAGAAGAUGAUCCAUGUCCAUCCGGAUCCAUCGGAUCGAGUGAACGGUGCGUGGGCUCCCACUGCCAUCGCGCUCGGCGUCAACAUUCCGGAGCACGCGCCGGCAUGCGACUUUACUUUGUAUCGCUACAUGAAACUCCAAAAGUUUGGAGAGUGAGUUAUAAUUCUAUAAAAUCUUUUCAAACCAAUUUCUCUUCCAGAGUAUUCGAACGUGCACCGGAUAAAUCCAGGUUCUUGCGAUCGGAUAAAAUUGAGAAAAACUGGCGGGUCAACCACAUCCUGGGCUCAGCGGUGCUGCGUGGACACGAAGAUCACGUGAUCACGUGCAUGCAGAUUCACGAGGAUCUUCUCGUCACCGGAUCCGAUGACAACACUCUGAAGGUGUGGAGCAUCGACAAGGGCGAGGUCAAGUACACGCUAGUCGGGCACACCGGCGGAGUGUGGACCUCGCAGAUCUCGCAGUGCGGACGGUUCAUCGUCAGCGGAUCCACAGAUCGGACGGUCAAAGUGUGGAACGCUCUCGACGGACGCCUUCUGCACACUCUCCAGGGACACACUUCCACCGUCAGAUGCAUGGCCAUGGCCCAUCAAAUGUACGCUUUCUCUUUCUUGCUACUUCAAUAAUUUACUGUUCAUUUUCAGUCUGGUAACCGGCUCCCGGGACACUACAUUGCGGGUCUGGAACGUCGAAACGGGACGUCAUCUCGCCACUCUCAUGGGCCAUCACGCCGCCGUCCGAUGUGUUCAAUUCGACGGAGUCAUCGUCGUUUCGGGCGGAUACGACUUCACCGUCAAAAUCUGGAAUGCGCACUCGGGAAGAUGCAUGCGCACACUGACCGGACACACCAAUCGCGUCUACUCUCUAUUGUACGAAACGGACCGUACGAUGGUGUGUUCGGGAUCUCUCGACACUUCAAUCCGCGUGUGGGACUUCAGUCGUCCGGAGGGACAAGAAUGCGUGGCUCUCCUGCAAGGCCACACCUCUCUCACAUCGGGAAUGCAACUGAACGGCCACAUUCUCGUGUCGUGCAACGCCGACAGCCACGUCAGAGUAAGUAUGACUAGUUCAGUCCCGGGUAAAAUGGGCAGCCUUACGACUGCCAAAUUUGCCGACUCAAAACCUCAAAGCACCUAUGUAGGAGACGUGUACCCGAUCUUGCUGUUCUUGAUCUAACCAUCUCUGUUCGCAAAUGGUUCUGAUGUUGCGGUGAUUGGUGCUAGGCCAAAUAUGACAGGAAGAGCACCGCUUGUAUCCACAAACCAAUUUUGAUUUUCGAUGUCAAACAAAGGUGUGCGACGCGGCGAUUCGCGUUCUUUAAAAGUUCCAAAACACACAGAAUAGGACACACAAAAGGAGAGGGGCGAACAUUGCUUUCCUGAUCGUAUUUGUCAGUGCUCAUCAAUCUUUUUUCCAGGUCUGGGACAUUCGGGACGGCUCUUGCGUGCACUUGCUCACCGGUCAUCGCUCCGCAAUCACCUCCCUCCAAUGGUUCUCCCGAAACCUCGUGGCGACGAGCAGCGACGACGGAACCGUCAAGCUGUGGGAUGUUGAAAGAGGUACCCCAGAUCUUCCGGUCCCAUCCAAAUCUCUCUUAUUUGCAGGCGCCCUCGUCCGUGACCUCGUAACCCUGGACUCUGGCGGCAACGGCGGCUGCAUAUGGCGUCUGUGCUCGACGUCGACAAUGCUCGCGUGCGCGGUCGGCUCACGGAACAACACAGAAGAGACGAAAGUGAUACUGCUGGACUUUGAUGCCGUCUAUCCCUGA